CACCCUUUUAUAUCAUAAACAACCGAUCUAUGACUAUUAAGACUAAUUGCGAUGUGUUUCGAGAAAGUCUUAUUUCAGCUCUUAUAGGUUAAAGGUCAGUAAUUCAAAUCCUUCUUUGUUUCAUAUAAAAAACGACAACUUCAUAUCGUCUUUACGUAUCUUUAGAGAACAUCACUUUUUCCUACACCUAUUUUUCAUGAAAGUUCUAUCACAAAUUAACGAAAAAAUGAAAAGAAAAUAGGGGGUUAUGUAGUUCCUAGUGAAAUGCCAGUCAGUUGUGGUCUGCUACCCUAAAAAUGGCGCAUAUUUACUCUCGUCCGCGCAAUAAACACCUACUUCCGGUUUCGAUCUGCAAAACUUGCCAUGGAAGCACAUUUUCGACCGAAUUACUGACCUUAUUCCUUUUCACAGGCACUUGGUUGCACUGAUAGUAUUAUAUUGGCUGUACCUACAGUUUGUUAGUUUUAAUACGUGCACCAGUGCUCCCUGUAUUCAAAAACAUUAUUUACUAUUUUUGGUGGAUACACAUAUUGUACAAUAGGUGACUAGCAGUCAUACUGUGCAGUAUAUACUACAUGUAAGAUGAUAUUCCGGUUUACUUCAUGAAAACUGAAGAAUAUGUAUAAAUGCAAGCGUUAUAUAUCAAACAAUUAUAAAUGUCUGGUUCUUGCAUGAACACUGAAGAACAUUGUAUAAAGGCAAGAAAUAUUUCCAACAUUCAGAUAUCUAUGAAUGACUUUACAAAUAUGGAUUAUUCAAGGUCGUGCAUGCAAAUUAUGGAAACAGAACCUGGCAUUAGUGAACAUAAUUUUCAGUGUAAAGUAUGCAAAAGACUACUAAUGAAUUCAGAUCAGCUUACACAGCACAUGGUUAGUCAUACUGGAGAGCAUACAUACAAGUGUGAAAUUUGUAAGAAAAGUUACAUGUCAGAAUCACUUCUAGAGGACCACAAGCGUGUUCAUACUGGAGAACGACCUUUUGAGUGUGGAAUAUGUCGGAAAACAUUUCUGGUAUCUCGGAGUUUAGAAAGGCACAUGCUUACACAUUCUAUGGUGCAUCCAAAUAAGUGUGAAAUUUGCAAUAAAUCUUUCAAGAGUGUGGAUUAUUUUAAGAGUCAUGUUCAAGCUCAUAUUAAUGGAUGUCCUUUUAAGUGUGAAAUAUGUGGUAAGAAAUUUAAUAUGAGAGCCAAUUUAGACAAACACAAACUCGUUCAUUCAGGUGAAUGUGCUUACAAAUGUGGACUAUGUGGUAGGUCUUUCAUGCAGGCUUCCAUUUUAAAGAAACAUUUGUAUACUCAUGCCAAUGAGCGACUGUUUGAAUGUGACAUAUGCAAGAAAAUGUUCACUAAGAGUGGUAAUUCAAAAAGUCACCAACUUGUUCAAUCAGAUGAAAAAGCUUACAAGUGUGAAGGAUGUAGUAAAAUACAUGUAGAUAAGAACUUGAAAAAUCAUAUAGCGGUUACACAUACUGAAUGUGAAGUAUGUCAUAAGUCAUUCACCCGGAAACACAGUUUGAAGAGACAUAGGCGUAUGCAUACGGGUGAACGCCCAUACAAGUGUGAAAUGUGCAGUAAAUGUUUCAUAGAGGUUGGAGCACUGAAUCUUCAUAUUCAACGGAUGCACACAGAUUACAAACCACAUGAAUGUGAAGCGUGCCGGAAAUGUUUUAUAGAUUCUGCAACCUUAAGGAGACACAUGCGUAUACAUACAGGUGAACAUGCAUAUAUAUGUGAAAUAUGUAAUAAAUCUUUCCCAUAUUCUUUUUCAUUAAAUAGGCAUAGGCUUGUCCAUACAGGCUACAAACCUUAUGAGUGCGGAACAUGUGGAAAACACUUCAAGGAAUCGAGAAAUCUAAGGAAACACGUGCAGUUUUUUCAUUGAUUAUUUAUGGAUUGGAAGCUCUCCAUGUUAUAUACAUAAUGUACAUGAAGCUUUGAUAAUCCCAUAAAAUGUAUUAUUAGUCUUAAGUCAGUGGUAAAUAUGAUCUAAUAUCUGCUCUUGUAUACCGAUAUUUAUCUAGCAAAGUACCAUUAUUGAGGGUUAUAACAUUGGUAUUGAAGCCAAUAUCCUGUAAGUUACAGAACGCUAGUUUGUAAACUGUGAGAUAGACAAGUACAUACCCUUCAUCAAUAUGUCUUGUAUAAAUCAAUCCAUACACUGGGUUAUUGUGUGUUUUGGGUUUAACAUCAUUUUUCAACAGUAUUUCAUUUUUUAAUGAUGGGCAGUUAACCUAAUAGGUGUUUCUGGAUUCUGCACCAAUACAAACAUGUUCUCCCCAGGUGACUGCCGAAUUCCAAGCUUGAAUCAGAGGUGAAGUAUGAAUGAAUUUAGACACAAUGCAAAAUUGUCACAAAGAACAUUUGCCUCACCCGAGGAUCAAACUUACAACCUAGUGAACCAGAUCUGCACUCACCCUAUUGAGCUGAAUACAGGCUGGCAAUACACUGGAUUUUGAUUUAAAGGGAGUUACUUUGGAUCAUUGUCUUAUUUUUAUGAUCACCCUUCGUCCGUCCAUCUGUGCAUCAACAAUUUCUUGUCUGCACGAUAGUGGUUUCGUUUAUGAUUUUAUUUAAACCAAACUUGCACACAACUUGAAUCAUCAUAAGGCCUUGGUUCCUUUCUUGCACUGGCCAGAUCCCAGUAUGGCUUCCAGAGUUAUGGCCCUGGAAAGGGCCAAAAUUAGCUAUUUUUAGCUCAUCUGAUUUUUUGAAAAAAAAUGAUGAGUUAUUGUCAUCACUUGAGCGGUUGUCGGCGUCGGCGUCGGCGUUGCCCGGUUAAGUUUUAUGUUUAGGUCAGCUUUUCUCCUAAACUAUCAAAGCUAUUGCUUUGAAACUUGGAAUACUUGUUCACCAUCAUAAGCUGACCCUGUAUAGCAAGAAACAUAACUCCAUCUUGCUUUUUGCAAGAUUUAUGGCCCCUUUUGUACUUAGAAAAUAUCAGAUUUCUUGGUUAAGUUUUAUGUUUAGGUCAACUUUUCUCCUUAACUAUCAAAGCUAUUGCUUUGAAACUUGGAAUACUGGUUCACCAUUAUAAGCAGACCCUGUACAUCAAGAAACAUAACUCCAUCUUGCUUUUUGCAAGAUUUAUUGCCCCUUUUGGACUUAGAAAAUCAGUUUUCUUGGUUAAGUUUUAUGUUUAGGUCAGCUUUUAUUCUAAACUAUAAAAGCUAUUGCUUUAAAACUUGCAACACUUGUUCACCAUCAUAAGUUGACCCUGUACAGCAAGAAAUAUAACUCCGUCCUGCUUUUUGCAAGAUUUAUGGCCCCUUUUGGACUUAGAAAAUAUCAGAUUUCUUGGUUAAGUUUUAUGUUUAGGUCAACUUUUUCUCUUAAACUAUCAAAGCUAUUGCUUUGAAACUUGCAACACUUGUUCACCAUCAUAAGCUGACCCUGUACAGCAAGCAACAUAACUCCAUCCUGCUUUUUGCAAUAAUUAUUGCCCCUUUUGGACUUAGAAAAUCAUUUUCUUGGUUGAGUAUUAUGUUUAAGUCAACUUUUCUCAUAAACUAUCAAAGCUAUUGCUUUAAAACUUGCAACAGUUUUUCACCAUCAUAAGUGGACACUGUACAUCAAGAAACAUAACUCUAUCCUGCUUUUUGCAAGAAUGAUGGUCCUUUUUAGACUUAGAAAAUCAUGGGUAGGACAAUAUUUCUAUUACACAAAAAAAAUCAGAUGAGCGUCAGCACCCACAAGGCGGUGCUCUUGUUUUACUUUGUCUGCACAAUAGCAGCUUCAUUUAUGAUUUUAUUUUAGCCAAACUUGCACACAACUUGUAUCACCACAAGACCUUGGUUCCUUUCUUGAACCGGCCAGAUUCCAUUAUGAGUUCCAGAGUUAUGACCUCUGAUAGGGCCAGAAUUAGCUAUUUUGACCUUGUCUGCACAACAGCAGCUUCAUUUAUUAGCUCAUCUGAUUUUUUGAAAAAAAUAUGAUGAGUUAUUGUCAUCAUUUGAUUGGCGUCGGCUGGUUAAGUUUUAUGUUUAGGUCACCAGUCCUUUUCUCCUAAACUAUCAAAAAUGUUGCUUUGAAACUUGCAACACUUGUUCACCAUCAAUAGCUGACCCUGUACAGCAAGAAACAUAACUCUGUCUUGCUUUUUAUAAGAAUUAUGGCCCCUUUUGGACUUUGAAAAUAUCAGAUUUAUUGGUUAAGUUUUAUGUUUAUUAGGUAAACUUUUCUCCUUUUAUAAAAACUACCAAAGCUAUUGCUUUAAAACUUGCAACACCUGUUCACCAUCAUAAGCUUACCCUGUACAGCAAGAAACAUAACUCUGUCCUGCUUUUUGUAAGAAUUAUGGCCCCUUUUGGACUUUGAAAAUAUCAGAUAAAUUUAUUGGUUAAGUUUUAUGUUUAUUAGGUAAACUUUUCUCCUUUUAUAAAACUACCAAAGCUAUUACUUUUAAACUUGCAACACCUGUUCACCAUCAUAAGCUUACCCUGUACAGCAAGAAACAUAACUCUGUCCUGCUUUUUGUAAGAAUUAUGGCCCCUUUUGGACUUCGAAAAUAUCAGAUUUAUUGGUUAAGAAAAUAUCAGAUUUAUUGGUUAAGUUUAUGUUUAGGUAAACUUUUCUCCUAAACUAUCAAAUCAAAGCUAUUGCUUUGGAACUUGCAACAGUUGUUCACCAUCAUAAGCUGACUCUGUACAUCAAGAAACAUAACUCCAUCCUGCAGCAGUGCUUUUUGCAAGAAUUUAUGGCACUUUUUGGACUUAGAAAAUCAUGGGUAGGACAAAUUUUUCUAUUAUACAAAAAAAUCGGAUGAGCAUCAGCAGUGCUCUUGUGCUGUGAAUUUAAUCAAACUUGGACACAACUUGUGUCACCAUAAGAUCAUGGUUCCUUUCUUGAACUGGCCAGAUCUCAUAAUGGGUUCCAGAGUUAUUGCCCCUAAAAGGGCCAAAAUUAGUUAAUUUGACCUUGUUUGCACAACAGCAGCUUCAUUUAUGAUUUGAUUUUAACCAAACUUGCACACAACUUGUAUCACCAUAAGAUUCCUUUUUAUACACCCAAAGGGUUGUAUUAUGUUAUCACCUAGGUGUCUGUCUGUUUGUUGGUUAGCAAUUUCCCUUCCGCUCUGUAACUCUUGAACCCGUUGAAGAAUUUCAAAGAAAGCUGACUCUUCAAAUCGUUGUGCAGAGCGCAUGUUUUGGAUGGCUCAUUCAAAGGUCAAGGUCACACUUACGGGUCAAAGGUCAUAUGACUUCUUUUUGUGUGUAUAUUUGCAUUGCAUUGCAGUGGUCUUGUUUUCAUUUGGCAGAUCCUUCUUUUGUUCACUUACAAUAUUUUCUUUUGUCCCAAUAAUUAUGUCAGAAAGUUGAUGAUUUCUUGGUCAAGUUUGAAUCUGGGUCAUGUGGGGUCAAAAAUUAGGUCACCUGGUCAAAUCAAAGGAAAAGCUUUGAACACUUUAGAGGCCACAGUUGUAACUCAAUGAAACUGGGUCGAAUAUUUUUCUUAAGCAUUCCUAGAUCAAGUUAGAAUCUGGGUUAUGUGGGGUCACCUGGUCAAAACAAAGGAAAAGCUUGUAAAAUGUCUAGAGGACACAGUUGUAACCAAAUCUUACGAAAUUUAAUCAGAAUGUUUGUCUGGAUGAUCUUUAGGUCAGGUUCAACUCUUAGUCAUAUGGGGUCAAAAACCAGGUCAGUAGGCCAGAUCAAUUCUGGUGAAAGAUAUAUUGGGCCAUCAUGGCCCUCUUAUUAGGUGUAUUUUGACAUACCUGUACCUUGUAAGAUUUUUUUCUUUUUGGUUAAACUUCUUCCCUUUAUCGUUUGACCUUUUUGUCCUUAAGUGCAAUGAUAUCAGGUGAGCGAUAUAGGGCCAUCAUGGCCCUCUUGUUUAGCAUUAUUUUUAGGGAAAGAAAUGUAAACUAGAAAGAAAAUGUGUAAAUAAUAUAUAGCAUGUGAUUUGUUUUUUAUAAAAUAAUAAAAAAAGCUAUGAUAUAA